GCAAGAGGAGGUCUCUAAUCACUUCUAAAGUAGGCUACAUCACUGAGACAUUGCAGCCAUAAUAGAAGAGGUGUAUGAGGUUCAGCUGCUAAUGGUCCUGUGAUUUUGCAUUUCUGCCAUCAUCAUUAUCAUCAUCCUUGGUCAAUACAAAUACCGUUCCAAGGGAGUCACAUAGUUCACUGUAAUUAAUUAAAAACCCUAUUUUUAAGGGCAGUAAAUUAAAUCAGUGAAAUAAUGAAGCACAAACCAUCUUACUUUUUCUCGAUACAUUGUUAACUUUACUUGAAAUCUGACUUAUUUACUUAUUAAUUUUAUAUGUUCAUUCGCUAUUUGGGAUCGUACAAACCCAUCACCAAAAACUACGAGUUCUACUGAACACAGAUAUGCCUUUUCCAUUGAAGACAAUGCAGUGUUGUUCUUUUCAUCUUUUAAUUUCCAUUGAAACAAUAUAGUUUAUCCGAUAAACAAACUGUAGUCAGUUUUUUACCCCAACUUUUUUUUCAAGAAAAUAUACAACAUAGUAUUUAAACAUGCCCCUUAACUGCAUAAAUAAAUGAUUGUACAAGUCAGCAGCCAUAUUCUAUUUAACAACGUUUUUAUGUCCAUACAUGGUAAUUUGUAUACACAAAAACAUAAUUUAUUACCACACAUACUACAUAUGUGUUUUACAUAUCCUCACACAAAGAGCGGGAUCAAAUCUAGGCUACUCAAUCUCAGGUAAGAAGGAUUUUCUUCCUCCCAUUCUUGAAUUGUCGUGAUCCUACUUUCUUAUACUAAGGGGAUAUUCUACGUUAAUGUGCAUUUAAUACUCAUGGUGGUUGUUAAUAAUUUUUUUCUAAGAACAAAAACCUUAAGUGACUACAUGAUGUUUUCUUAGUACUAACUAAUAAGUUGCGCAGUUGCUCCAGAAUUCUACAAGCUUAGGUACAAUAAUAUAAGUUGUUACCAUAUUAUUAUAUUGCUAAGGAUUCCUAACUGUUUUGAUACUUCUGAGUAUCUUGAUUUGUUGUUUUCUUCAGGUGAUCCAUGAUUAAUUGAUGGAGAAUUUCUUGACAAGUUUGACAUUGUUAUACUUAGCAUUGCAUCUCUUAAAAUGAAGUUGCAUAUUCUUCUCUAGAAAUAGUUAUACUUUUUAAUAUGUCACUUCAGUAACUCUACAGAAAGUUUUCAUGCUCAUGAUGCUUUUUUCAGUUGUUUAUUAAUGAAAACUGCCGAAAGAGCAGCAAACACAUUGUGUUUUAUACUAUAAACUGCGAGGAUUCAUGUGAAGUAUUUAUUGAUUUACAGAAGCAUAGUUAUGUUAAGGUAUGUUGCAUACUUAAAAGUGAUUAACAUUGAUUUUUAAUGUUCAGAUCUAGCAAAAGGUAUACCUUUAUGACCUAAGUAUACAUGUGCAACCACUUGCAAUUGAAGUAUGUUCUGCCUAUAAUAUAUGUUCAUUUUCUUCAAAACUAUAAAUGGACAUAUAUGCAGAUAAAAUGUUAAACUCAUCGAUGUUUCCCUUCUAUAUGUUUGCACUGAAAAAAUGUGUCAUAAAAUGUGAGAAAAACCAUAUGUUCAAAACUAUAAAUAGUUUACUGAACUAUCUCUUAUAUUAUGAAAUGUGUAUGUAUAUGUACAACUUGCUUGAAACAAUAUAAUAUUGUUACAACUUAUAAUACACCCUUUUAUCUUACAACUACUUCAAACACUGGAACCUGGUUUCCUUUGCUUUGCUCUUAUAUGUUUAUUUACUCUCAAACAUAUAUACAAUCAUUAUACAUUAUACUAUGCUGCUAAACGGAUCGAUACCCAGGCAUGGGCGGGCGCCAUACACUAGUAGUACUACUGUAGCAGUUAAAAUCUAUUGAAUCUGUAUGAGAUAUUUUGAACUGGAUUUUCAGUAUCCCAUUGGAUCCAAACGGCGCCGAAGCUGUCUGUGCAGUGUGCACAUCCGUCUCACGUCACUUGAAGAGUCGUGGGAGCUCCUGCCCCUUCCAGAAGCUUCCGCACUCGUCGCCAGACCGGGCUCGUCGCCUCCAGGCCUCCUCUAUCCAGACGCUUCUCACUUCCCCUUUUGUCUCCUCCCGUCUCCUCCCCCGUACCAAACAAACCUCACCGAGUCGCAACUCGCAAGGACAGUGAAAACGCCCAAACGAGCGCGGGCACGCCAACCAAAGCGGCGAAGCGCGAAGGAAGGAAGGAAGGAAGCAAGCAAAGCAGCAGCCAUGGGGCUUGACUACUACAAGAUCCUGGGCGUCGACAAGGGCGCCACCGACGACGACCUCAAGAAGGCCUACCGCAAGCUCGCCAUGAAGUGGCACCCCGACAAGAACCCCAAUAACAAGAAGGAGGCCGAGAACAAGUUCAAGCAGAUCUCGGAGGCAUACGAUGUCCUCAGCGACCCGCAGAAGCGCGCGGUGUACGACCAGUACGGCGAGGAGGGGCUCAAGGGGCAGGUGCCGCCGCCGGGCGCCGGCGGGGCGGGCUCAACCUUCUUCUCCACCGGCGGCGACGGGCCGACGGUGUUCCGGUUUAACCCGCGCAACGCGGAUGACAUCUUCGCCGAGUUCUUCGGCGGCUCCAGCCCCUUCGGCGGCAUGGGCGGGAGUGGGAUGCCCGGCAUGCGGGCCGGCGGGUCGAGGUUCUCCUCGUCCAUUUUCGGGGACGAUAUGUUCGGCUCUGCGUUCGGCGGCGGCGGCCCGGACGGGCACGGCAUGCACACCGGCGGACGUGCCGUGAAGGCGCCGGCCAUCGAGCGGAAGCUGCCGUGCAGCCUGGAGGAGCUGUACAAGGGCACCACCAAGAAGAUGAAGAUUUCCAGGGAAAUUGCUGACGCCAGUGGGAAGACGAUGCCAGUGGAAGAGAUCCUAACGAUCGACGUGAAGCCCGGGUGGAAGAAGGGCACCAAGAUCACGUUCCCGGAGAAGGGCAAUGAGACGCCCCACACGAUCCCGGCGGACCUCGUCUUCAUCAUCGACGAGAAGCCGCACCCGGUGUUCACCCGCGACGGCAACGACCUGGUGGUGACCCAGAAGGUCCCGCUGGCGGAGGCUCUGACGGGGCACACCGCGCGCCUGGCGACGUUGGACGGGCGCAUCCUGACGGUGCCCAUCAGCUCCGUGAUCCACCCGGGGUACGAGGAGGUGGUGCGCGGCGAGGGCAUGCCCGUCCCCAAGGACCCGUCCAGGAAGGGCAACCUCCGGAUAAAGUUCGACAUCAAGUUCCCGGCGAGGCUCUCGGCGGACCAGAAGUCCGGCGUCAAGAGGCUGCUCGGGCAGUAGAGCGCCUCGUGUUCUGGUGUGCUGUGUGUCAGACAUUUUCGUGUUGGUUGAUCUUGAACUGGGGGAUGCUGCCAUUUGCAGCGUCCGUGACGACGACGACGAGGAGGCAGGCCACCGAGCGCUGAGUACAGAACAAGCUAGUGGUGGUAUAUGGUUGAGACCUUGAGAUGCACAGCAUAGGAUUCCUUGUGCAAUCUUCCAGACGGGUGGUGCUUGUCUGUUCACCGGUCCAUGUCGUUCCAGCCUUGCAAAGGUCGGAUGGAAUAAUUAUUGAGCACAUACACGUACGUUCUUUGUAUUUAGUGUGAGAAAUAGUUAUUGCAAUAGCAAUUGUACUCCCUCCAUAAAAAAAAACUCUCCUUCCCCUAAAAUAUACUUCUUUCGAGGUCACUGUUUUUAUUUCCACAUUCAAAUAAUAAUGAAUAUAGUUUAUUUCCA